AUGCCCUUCCCUUUCAUCCCAUACCCGUCAGCCAAGACGGGCUACUGGAGCCCCGUCACCUCGACGCUGAAUUGGUGCGAGGAGGACUACUAUGCCACGGUCUACGCCGCUGAGAUCGUCAAUACCCUGACGAACCUGCUGUUCAUGUGGCUGGGCAUCAAGGGCAUCAUCAGCUGCCGCCGCAAUCAGCAUGACCAGAUCUUCCUGGUCGCCUACGUCGGAUAUCUGCUUGUCGGCACGGGAAGCUUCCUGUUCCACUCGACGCUGAAAUACCCCAUGCAGCUAGUCGACGAGCUCUCCAUGAUCUACACAACCUGCCUAAUGGCCUACGCCUCAUUCUCCUACUCCCGCCCCACCCGCGUGCGCCUCUUCCUCGCCGUCUCCCUCCUCAGUCUCGCCGUCUUCAUCACCCUGUACUACCAUUACCUCCAGGAUCCAGUCUUCCACCAGAACGCCUAUGCGCUGCUGACCACGGUCGUCAUCCUGCGGAGCGUGUAUACCAUGGAGAAAACGCUGCGACCUAAAUGGCGCAAGACACGGGAGGAGGAUCGUCUUGCCCGCGAGAAGAAGGGCCUCCCUGUUCCGACCAAGGAGCGCCAGCUCUAUGAGAACGUGCGCGAUAUGAAGACCCUCAAGACAAUGUGGUUUAUGGUUGGCUACGGGCUGAGCAUGUUCCUGGGUGGCUUCUUGAUCUGGAAUCUGGACAAUCAGUUCUGCUCGCAGAUCCGCCGGUGGCGUCGGACCGUCGGGUUACCGUGGGGGAUCUUUUUGGAGGGGCAUGGUUGGUGGCACAUCAUGACCGGCAUCGGCGCUUAUCUCUACAUCAUCUGGGGCAUCUGGCUCCGCCAUUGUCUGAACCAGCGCCAGGACGAAUACCAUCUGCGCUGGGCGCGCGCCUGGCAUAUCCCCGAGGUCAUUCGCACCUCGCCCCCGGUAGGCGAGAACGGAGUGACCAGAGACAAGAAGUCGACCUAA